AGGGACGCCGCGGUUUAUCGUAAUCGGAAGCCUGCGGUCCUCCAUGACUCUGGCAGCUUAUCUGCUUCACCCCAAUUGUCUUCUGGUGCUGGAUAUUCGACAUAUCCAUUGCUAGCCGCUUGUUUUAUAACACCUGCUGCUGCAAUCCGAAAUUUGCAAUCCUGCUUCUUUCCUGUCUAAAGUGUUACACGCCUUCCCUACCGUAGUCGUUUUUUGCAGAGAUUUGCCAAAGUUGCUAGCUAUGGCCUCCACCGCCGCUGCGGUUUCCGUGCCCACUUUCACUGGCCUCAAGUCUGAGUCCAGGGCUGCCCCCGCUAAGGUGUCGUCCAACACCGUGGUGCGCAUGGCUCCCGUCGUUCGGGCUUCGGCCAGCAGUGAUGCCUUGGAGACCGUUGGAAAGGCUCUCAUUGCCGCAUCCAGCUCAUUGUUGUUGGCUGCUUCCGCCAAUGCCGUUACCGUGAAGAUGGGUGCUGACGAUGGUACCCUAGGUUUCUACCCUAACGCGAUCUCCGUUGCCGCUGGUGAGUCCAUUACCUUUGUGAACAACAAGGGUUUCCCCCAUAAUGUGGUGUUCGAUGAGGAUGCUGUACCUGCGGGCGUCAAGGUCGAGGAAAUUAACCACGAGGAAUACGCUAACGCGCUAAACGAGAGCUUCUCCAUCAACCUCAAGACCCCAGGAACAUACGAGUUCUACUGCGAGCCCCACCAGGGUGCUGGCAUGAAGGGACAGAUCACUGUGUCAUAGAGGGUUUGAUUUGUUGUCUUCUCUUCCAUCAAUGGCUGUGGUAUCGCUCUGUUGAUGAGGUAGCUAUGGCGGUAUGCAACCAUGCUAAUUUUGAAAACACUAGCAACGCUCCGAGUAAGAGUUGGUCUUACAGAGCAAGCUCGUAACAUAUCCUGUAUAUUGGCUGACUUUGUUGUACUGAUCCAUCCUUUAUAAAUGAUUAUGGACAGAUUUUAACAUCAA